AUGGAAACGGUAGAAGUGGAAGUGUAUGAGGAUGGGAAAAUGACAGAGGAGGUCGAGAGCUGCUACACCAUAAUGGAAGUUGCCACCCCAAAGAAGAGGAAGAGCAAAACUCAGGAAGACACAGUGGAGAAACCCAAGAAGCCCAGGUCUGCCUACUUGCUAUAUUAUUUUGAUGUUCACCAAGUCAUGCAGCAGGACAGCCCUAAUCUGCCACAGUCGGAGAUCAACAAGCGAAUUAGUGAGAGCUGGAAAAGGCUUAAUGUGGCUGAGAAAGGCUACUAUCUGGAGAAGGCCAAGCUGGAAAAGGAUGGUGUAGAUAGUUCAUUGCUCAGCUCCGCCCAGGACCUGCCAGGCUUCCGCAAGAUCCUCCCCAGGACCAGUUAUGUCCUUUUGCCCAAAGGCACCUCCUUAAAUCACCAGGAAGCAGGUUCCCAGGCAGAGCUAUAUGCAGAAUCUCUGGAUUCCCCAGUGGAUGCAGGCCUAUCCUCCGUUUCCCUCUCCCAGGACCCUCAGUUACCUCCACUGGCACUGGGAAGUGAGGUGGAGCUGGUUGAGCAGUGUACAGCCAUCGAGGGCCUAGCUGAGGGAACAGCUGCUAUGUCUAAUUCCACAGCUCUCCAUGAGAUACUACCUGCCAGUCGCCUCAACUCAACCAAGGCCUCUGCUUCUGAGGUAGCAUCCCCAUUCAACCACAACUACCAAAGUUCAGUUGCCAAUGCAUCGAAUGGACUGCUUCUCAGAGAAAAUGACUCGGAGGUUGCUGGUGGCACUUACAGCAUUGUUUGUAUGGCAUCCGAUGAACAGGAUGUGGCUAGUACAAUGAUACAACCAAUACAGGCAGAAACUUCACAAGUGGUCACCAUCAUACCCACCCAGAAUCUUCUGGAGCCCAAAACUUUGGCAAAUGCUAGUCCCAUUGGCCCAGUCAUGGUGGUCACUGUUGGAGGCAGGGUAGACCAGAGCAGCAAACCUGCAUAUAAAAUGGUUGCAAAAACAUACACCAAAAGAGGUCGGGGCAGGUGUCUGGUUCCUGGCUGUUCUUUUGUAUAUGUGACUCGCCACAAACCACCAAUAUGUCCAGAAUGUGGGAGCUACCUGGGUGGAAAGUGGGUGCCUGCUGUGAAGAGGGCCAAACAAUCUGCCAAACAAUCUCCAAAGAAUGUUCAAUCCAACUCCAGUGAAAGCUGUCAACCCACUAUGCCUGCUGCCGAUGAUAAUAAUGCCACUACCAAUAAGUCAAAUGUCACUGGAGACAGAAAAGAGGAGCAAUGUCAACAGGUUUCCAAAAUCCAGCAUGCAACUACCACCAGGAAACCACCAGAGGGCAACAAGACACAGAUACAAGCAAAUUCCUCUGUGGCAAUGACCAGACCAUUGAAGGCCCCUGGUAAAGGCCUCACAAUUAAGGGUCAAGACAGAAACAAUGUCGCUUUGCAGAAGAGACCUGUAAGACCCAUCUUGCCUGCCUACUGUCGCACAGGCCAUACUUUGCUGCAAUUUAUAGCUGUCCCACCAGACAAAGGAAAUGCUCAGAGUGCCAACAAUAACAAAUCAGCCAAAGUGCCUUGUGAGAACAUCUCAGGUCUCAAACCCAGUACUUUGAAACAGCUCGGCCAGAUAGUUCCAAUAGCCACAGCCAAGCAGAACUCUCCUGCCCCUUCAGGUGGAAGCCAGCACAUUGCUUCACUGAUUAAUAAAGAAGUGGAUGUCCUGUCAGUCUUGCCUUUCAAACAGAGCUCCGUUUGCAGUUUUGACCUAGGUCUGUCCACAGCACGAGGCAGGGGCCAUUGUAAGAACCCUUCCUGUCAGUAUGUGUACAAGAACAGACACAAGCCCGCGCAGUGCCCCAGCUGUGGCUGGCGCCUGUCCCUGAAGAUUGACAAAGGAACAAAGUCUGGGGGUCUUCUGGACCCAUACCAGGCCCUUAGCCCAGCCCAGAAGGACCUCCAGCGCCAGUCUACUGUGCAGCUUCUGCGGCGGUCACUACAGAUUCCUGAAAGUGAGGCUGAGCUCCAGGAAACAAUGGCUCUCAUCCAGGAUCUCAACAGAUCCAAGGUGGUGGUGACUAAGUCAGGAAAUCGGAACAAGGAAGGCAGUUUGGAGACUGAGAUGUUGGUCCGUUCUGGCUGGCCAAGGCUCUAUGAGUCGGCAGCCACUCACUGUGGCCUCUGUGGCCAUCCUCUAUACAAGGGCGGUCAGAGUACUGUUGCAGGACAGGAGGACUGCUGGCUACUUACAGAGACGUUAAUCCAGACUGCUUCUCUACAGCUCAAAGUGUGUCCAUACACUCAGUGUUUGGCUCUGCACAGCUUCACUGACCUAUACCCAGGUUUGUUCAACAUUGGGAACAGACUGUUGGUGAGUGUGGACCUCUUUCUAAAGAUCCGGACCAAUAUCAAACUGGGCCAUCACCCCUCUCAGGCAGUCAGAACCCUCCUGGACCACGUCCCCAAUCACCCUUUCCAUGCUUUUAGUACGGAGGAAUCAUCCCAAAUUCAAGAACUUUUGCUGAGUGGCUACUGGGCCUUUGAGUGUCUGAUAGUACGAGACUACAAUGACAUGAUCUGUGGAGUGUGCGGCAUUGCACCCAAGCUAGAAAUUGCCCAGCGCUAUACAAACAACGUGCUGGAGCUUAAGAACGUGGAGUUCACUUGGCCUGACUUCUCGCCAUCGGAUGAGGUGCAUGUGGAUGAAUUCUGGUUGGCCAUGGAGAGUGAAGCCAUAGAACAGGCUGCGUUCCCUUCUGACAUCCCCAUCACCCGAGUAGACGCCUCCAUCAUCGCCCCCUUCAUUCCCCCACUGAUGAGAAGCACCAUAGUCAUCAACACAGAAAGGGACAAGGUCCUUUCUCACACACAACAGCCCUCAGGAGACCCAUCAGUUUUGGUGCGUCUGAUCCAUGAGGGUCAGCUUAGGCUGGACAGAAUAGAAGAGCACAGUGAGGAGGAGCUAAGAACCAUACUGAACUGCUGUAGGGAGACCAUGACACCAGAACCCACAAAGAAUGAGCUGCUAAGCGCUCUGGUGUCCUUGUACACACAUGUUCAGAAUGGCCUUGUCACUGCGCCCCUGCCCCCCCAAUACCUCACCGCUGGCAAACUGUCCAAAGUUUGCCCCCACAAGGUGGUGUGUGGCUCUAAGUACAUGGUGAGGAGAGAGACUGCUCGAGACCACAUUGACCUGUUACUGUCGUCUCGGUACUGGCCCCCAGUCUACGUCACUGACUCUGCUCAGCAGGUAGCGCUGUGUGCUGACUUGCAAUACCCAGAGCUGGCCAGCCAGAUGUGGGGAAGAAACCAAGGCUGCUUCUCAGACCCCAUGGAUAAGCUAGAGUUUGUGUCGUGUGCUGAGCUCCAAGACCAGUUACACAGUACUGACUUGUCCUCGGUGGGGGAGAACCAGCUGAUCCACCCCGUCACAAACUCCCUCUCUCGCUGGCUGGUGCACUCCACCAAGGCACCCAAAAGCCAGGAGCCUCUUACUCUCGAUCACUACUCGAUGGACCUCUGCAAAGAACUGGAGCCUUACACUAGCUUGGUGGCUGAACUGGAAAAGGAGAGGGAAGAGGAGGAGGAGACUGAACAGGAGGAACAAACGGGAAAUGCCGGGAGCAAAUGCACAGAGAAGUCAGAGGUCGACUCCUCAGAGAGGCGCACCCUGCAGCAACCUUUGGUGUUCCACAACGCAGCCGAUUACUACCUAUAUAACCGUCUGAUAGACUUCCUGAGAAGCCGGGACAUUGUGAGCCAGCAGAUUAUCGAGGUGCUACGGGCCUGCCAGCCUGGAGAGGUAGUUAUCAGGGAUGCCCUUUAUCGGCUUGGAGUGGCACAGAUUAACACUGAGGAUGUGGGGACUGAGAUGGUAGGACAGCAACAAGAAGGAGGGGUGGGUGAAGAAGCUAUGCUUGAAGUGGUGCUGUCCUGAGUAGAGGAACACAGAGUGGGCAGUGGGUAUAUAGACAGACAGACGGGCAGACAGACAAGGCCAUAUGUAAGGAAAGCAGGCUGUAUGUGAAGACGGUUCCCUACUGGGAAAAGCAGAAAGAUGGAUGUCGAUGAGAGAGAGAGAGAGAGAGAGAGAGAGAGAGAGAGAGAGAGAGAGAGAGAGAGAGCGAGCCUGGUGAUCAGAAACGUUGCCAGAUGAUGAAAAAGAAUGUAUAGGUCAGGAAUUAGACUCUAGAGAUGUUUCAGGUUUUCACUGACUGAAAGAAUGGACCGAUAAUGGACUAACAGUAUUUUGCAGAAGUGCGCCUUACAUUGUUACGUUAACAGAGGAGAGUAGUGAACUUUUAUAGACUGGUCAGUAGAGUUCACACUAAAAUGUUCCUAAAGUUGUAGCUGAGUCAGCAGGGGAAUUUUUUUUUUUUGUCAUGUCUUCCUAAAACUGCUAUUGUUUUUCUUUCCUCAGAAACAUUUGACAUUUGUGGACAUGUUUAUAACAAAAGUGCUCAAGCUACCUUUUUCUGUGAGAAAGUGGAACCUGCUUGUAUGUUAAAAUGACUGUCAGCAUAACUGGCAGUUGUUGGUCUUCAUUAGAGUCUACUCAUGAUUUGCCCUGACUAAAAGAUGGUGUUCUUGUAUUUAAAAUAGACCGGCAGGGUGUUGAGAGUUAAACAGGAAGUGGUCAGGCCAAGUGUGAGAAAAAGUGGAUAAGAUGAAAAUUGAAAUGCUAAAAUGCUAAAUCUUAAGUAUUUGAUUACCUGUGACUGAAGGAUUGUGCACAUAAGUUUUAUGGGUUAGGUAGUUCUAAAUAUCAAAAUACAAUGGAACUGUUAAUUUAUUAUUCAAAUUUUUUUGACAGGAGAUAAUUGUGUUUUGUAUUUUAUGCUGUUACCUCACAUUUACCACUUGUUGCCUUUCAAUUUGUGCGUGUGUGUGUCAUGAUAAAAUAUUUGUGUAAUAUCAUAUGGUGAUGGAAUAUUAUUCGGUUUGUGUGACCGUUUGCUGCAGUUUGAAUCAUAAUAUCUUAUCGAUGGGGAGCCACGCAAGGGUAGACAUACCCAAUCAAUGGUCCUUAUUUUUAUUAUGCGUGUUGCAGCCAUCCUGUGAGAGGAAAGGCUGCUAAAGCGGUUACAAAUGAAUGUGUUUCAUACACUUGUUAUGAAAGAUUAAUGGUGAGCCGUGGUGUUGUCGUGAAGAGAAACACGUCUUUCACUUAAAGCGUCUUGAGUAAGAGGAGAAAAAAAAACAAAAACAAAACUGCAUCAGUUGUGUCCUGCCAUCUCAGUCGUAUUAUUCCCACUUCCCUACAAAGGGUCUAUAAUUGUGCAAUGUUUGCCGAGACGGUGGAAAUGGAAUGGAGGAAAUGCAGAAUGGGCAUCAUCCAGCAGAAAAUGCAAACUUGGGAAAAGAAGAACAGCGGCAACGAUUUGUUCCCUCCUAUGUUUAUUUGUAUUUACUAUGUACAAUCAAAAAUAUAAACGUUUGCUUACAACAACAACAAAUUAAACUUCAGCAGUA